UUUGAGUUUUAUAGAUAGAAAAAAAAUCUUACUAAACGAGUUAACUCUACCAUGACGUGAAUGUUUCGUACUCGAAUUGCAGAACACCUGUAUUAAGAAAAUGACACUCCCUUUUUACCUUGCUCCAAAAUUCCACUCUGUAGUUUGCUUUCCCUGCUAGUUCUAGUUUGUGAGCAUGUUGCAGAUGCAGCUUCCCCUGCUACCACCAUUCACCAUUUUCAAACUUGUCAUUACACUAACAUUACUUCUACAAGCCAUUCCCACUCUCACACUCUCCCCAUGCAAAAACUCAUGUGGAACCAUUCCCAUAAACUACCCAUUUGGCCUAGAAGAUGGGUGUGGAGCACCCCAGUUCAGACACAUGCUAAACUGUAACACCACUGAGCUAUUUUUCGAAACACCUUCAGGAUCCUACAAAGUUCAAUCCAUCAACUACGAAAAAUCCUCCAUGGUAAUCUACGACCCAUCAAUGUCCACCUGCUCCAUUCUCCAACCCCACCAUGAUUUCCUCAUGACUGACAUCCAAUCCGCCAUCAUCCCUCCAUCACAGGACACAGUCUUCGUCCUGCUAAAUUGUUCCAUAGACUCCCCUGUUCUCAACCAUUACAAGUACCUCUGCUUCGACUUCGCCGGCCACACCUGCGACGAGCUUUACGGGUCAUGCAACGCUUUCAGAGUCUUCCAUUUGCUGACAAAUAGUUCACCACCGUGCUGUUUCACGAGCUACAACACGGUGAAGUUCAUGAGCAUGAACAUUUUGGACUGUACACACUAUACCAGUGUGUUUAACAGUGAUGGUUUGAAGGUGUUGGGCCUUUGGAUUGGGUUUAUGGGAUUAAGCUUUCUUUCAGUGUGCCGGAAACUGGGUGUGGGAAUUGCAGGAAAUCUGGUGGGACUUGUGGGUUUGAUACUGAUACAGAAGGGUUGCUAUGCCUUUGCUCAGGUUUCAGCAAUGCAACAAGGGAAUGUGGUAUUGGAAGUGGAAUAUCAGGAGAGCUGAGCAAUGCUCCUUGGAGAAAUUACCUAUUUGUUCUGCAUCUAGCGGUUUUUCUUCACACUAUAAUGAGGCUCUCCUUUGAGAGUUUUCAAGUUUAAUUGAGUUCCACUCUUUCUGGUAGUGGGUAGAGAGGGUUUGUGUAGUUGUGUAUUUGACAUUUGUGAUAUGCUUCUUUGAGAUUUAGGAGUUAGAAGUUCUUGUCUACUCUAGUAAUGCAAAAAUGGCUUGCCAAAGGAGAAAAGACACUUUGUGAUCAUUAUUUUACAUACUCACAAUGGGCAUGACAAAUGGGCAAAUCUUCUUA